AUAACAAGAGAGAAGGCAAUAUGCAUCUUCUUCUGUCAAGAUUAUACUGAAUUUAAUGUAAAAGAACUUUUGAAGAAACUGGAAAAUUUUGAAGAUAUCGACAUUUGUUACGACGAAGAUCCAUUUAAACCCAUGUUACUUUGUAACAAAAGAAUAGAUUCCAACCCUCAGAAAUAUAAGAAAUAC